UGCUCAAAUCCUGCAUGGGGGUCCGAGUGCUGCCCCGGGGUCCUGAACCCUGGGUGGAGGUCUGAGGGUUGCCCCAGGGGUCUCGAACUUUACCUGAGGGGUUGAGUGCUGCCCUGCAGAUCCCUCCAGGGGAUCCCAUAUACUGCCUUGGGGCUGCGAGUGCGGCUCUGGGGAUCCCAGCCACUUCCUUGGGGGAGUCAGAGCUGUUCCGAGGGGUCCUGAAGUCUGCAGUAGGGUAUGGAGCCUGGCCGGGGAGUGGGGGGGUUCCUGAACAUGGCUUGGAGGUUCCGAAUUCAGCGGGGGUCGGGUGGGUGUCGUGAAGUCUGUGUUGGUCGUCCAAGUGUGGCACAGAGGUUCAGGUUCUGGGGUUCGAACCAGCCGUGGGGGGCCCGAACUCUGCCUUGGAUUCUUGUCCGGCCCCAGGGGUUCCAAAGUCUGGGUUGAUAGCCUGGGGUGUGGGCCAGGGGCUCCAGACCCUGCCUUGUGGGGGAGGGGGCAAGCGGAGCACCGUGAGUCCUGAGCCCUGCCUUGGAAGUCCUGUCCCAUCCCUGGGGGUCCGGAAGCCUGCCUUGGGGGCGGUAGGCAGGACUUAGGAGUCUGGAAGUUUGCCUGGCAGGACGGAGUCGCUCAGUGCUUGAGGGGUAGGGUCUCCGAGCGCGCCUCGGGCGUGGGAUGCUGACUCUGGGCUUUCCCGGGCUGCCUGGGGGCCUGACUGGCCUGGGAGGAUUCUGAAAGCUGAGCUGGUCGCCGGCGGGUGGCCCUGGGGGUCCCAGGAGUGCUUGGGAAUCAGAGCCUCCGGGGUGAAUGUGGUGUGGGGCAGGGUUGCACAGUCCCCGGGUCCGGCCAAGGGUGACGGGCGGCCUGGCUCCAGAGGGGCUCCCAUCCUGUUCAGACGGGGAUCUGUUCCGUAACCGGGAAAAAUCCCAAGCAGCUUGGGGUUGCAGGCAGUCACGAGGGGGUUUUCGUUCCUCCGGAACGUGGAAAUGUUCCUUUCGCGUGUGUGUGGAGUCUGUAGCGUCUGAAGUUUGGGGAGACGAUGGCAGGGGUCCUGGUUCCCAUCCCGGCAGGGCGGGAGAGGACGACGGUGGGACGUAGCCUGGAAGAGCCCAUGGGUGGCGAUGUGGGGGUGGGUGUGCUGCGUCGAGGUGGGAGAUGGCCCAGCCAAGGGACCACGGGGAGCAGAAUGAAAUGCAGAUGUGGGGCCCUGGUGUGCGACACGACGGGCAGAUGCAGACUGUGGACUCCGGGUCGCUCCGGAAGCCUGGGCUGGCCCUGGUUCCGGGACGCCAUCUCCCGGGGUGUGGAUUCAAAGUUGCCCUAAUGAGUGCACAAGUGUGUGGCUCGUGGGCUGUGUGUGUGGCUCUUUGUUCCUCCCCCACCCCCUCGUCCCGCUCCUCCGUCCCACGCCUGGAGACCGCCAGGCACAGGGGGUGUGGAUGAGGGAGUCCACGGGAAUACCCGGGGUCUUCUGUCCCUGGAGCGUGUCUUUGGAGGGCCUGGGUCUGAGAUGCUGGGGGGGCGCCCCUGUGCAGGGGGAGGCGGGCAGGACCUCACGCGGCCGCCCGGCGUGGUCCUUCUGCGCCACCUGGCGUUGGAUGUGGGCAGGUCCGCUCCUGCAGGCCCCGUCCUCUGGAGGAGAGGAGCUGCCCAGCUCACAUUUGCAGGGCUGCGUGGGGCUCUCCGCGGCACACGGCCCUCCCCGCUCUCCUCUGCUCGCCGUCCCGGCUGGAUCCCCGGCACCUGGAUCCCCGCACGGCACCGCACGCCCCCCCGCGAAGCCUGCCUUCCCCGCGGUUUCUAGGAGUGGGUGGGGGAGGGACGCGGCGAGGAUUAACGGCGGAUAAUGAGCGGAAGGUCUGGCCGAGCGGGGACGAAAGCCGUGUCGGGCGGCGGUGGCGGUGGCCGGGACCGCGUGUCGGUGCAGGAAGGACCCUCAGGGGGCCGGGAUGCUGGUGGGAGUGGACCCCGACGACGAGGGCGGCGUCCGUGCAGGAGGCUCAGGAAUCAGGCUGGCCAGUUCAUCUCCGUGGUGACCGUCUUUGAGGCACAGGGAGCGCCCUCGGGGGACCAGGAUGCCAGUGGACCCAGCUCCCGCCGGCGAGGGCGGCCGCCACGGAAGCACCGCAGGAAGAACGUGGCCAUCACCACAGAGGUGACCCUCUUUGAGAUGGUCGCCCUGGGGAAGAACUCCGUGCAGCAGACAGCUGUCGAGGAGUGGGUGCGGUCCUACAAGGAGGACCGGGAGCUGGCCUUGCUGGACCUCAUCAGCUUCUUUGUCCAGUGCUGUGGCUGUGAAGGGAUGGUGACGGCUGAGUUGUACCAGAGCAACGAAGGCAAGAAAGUGGUGCACAAAAUGACAGAGAAGUUUGACCAGGAGACCGGGCUGUAUUACAAGAAGUUUCUGGCUUACCCCUGGAUCCUGACCAUCAUGUGGCCCGAGAAACUGCAAAACGACUUUUACCCCAUCGUGGGGCCAGGGCCUUUCUGGAAGAGGUUUCGGGUGAACUUCUGCGAGUUCACGGAGCUGCUGGUGCACCAGACACACUCCUCGGUGCUGUGUGACGGCCACCUCAUGGACACGGUGAUCGGCAUGCUCAGUGGCCUCACAAACUCGGCCGUGUACAGCCUGCGGCACACCAGCUCCCUGGCCGCCAUGAAGCUGCUGACGGCACUGGCCAGCGUGAACCAGGGCAUCUGCACGGGCAGGCGCACGGCCCAGCGGUUGUACGAGAUCGAGAGCAUCACUAAGCUCAAGGGGAGGCACAAGUACUACAUGGAGCUGCUGGACCAGCGCAGGCACGAGUUCCAGAACAAGCCCACGGCCAUCGACAACAUCAUCUGUGCGCUCUUCAAAAGGACGUUUGUGCCCCGCUACCGCGACAUCAGCUCGGACAUCCGUGUGAUCUGCAUGGGGGAGCUGGGCUGCUGGGUCAGGCUGUACCCAGACCUGUUCCUGGACAACAACUACUUGAAGUACAUCGGCUGGAUGCUGUACGACAAGGACGCGAGCGUGCGCAUGAAGUGCAUCCUGGCGCUGAAGGCGCUCUACGAGAAGAGGGAGUCGGCCAUGAAGCUCGGCCUUUUCUUCUACAAGUUCAAGAAACGGAUCCUGUCGAUGACGCAGGACAGGCAGCCGGAAAUCACGUCCGAGUGCAUGCAGCUGCUGAGGCUCAUAUCCGAGCACUACGUGGGCGUGUUCUCCACCAUGGAGUACGUCUUCCUGUUCCAGUUUGUGUACGCGGCCUACAGACCCAUGGCGACCGCCGCGGGCGAACUCAUCUGUAAGAGGCUCCUGGCCCCUCCGCCCCACGAAGGUUUCUUUGCUCAAGAGCCCCCUGACGAGUUUGAUAGAAACCUCCAGAACAUGAAGGCGCUCAUCGACUUCUAUCUGCAGGGCGAGUUCCACAGACAUGUCCCGUACCUGGUGGACGGCCUGUGGGAGGCAGCGCCCGCCCUGGUCCGGAACUGGGAGUGCAUGACGGCCCUGCUGCUGGAGCCACGUGGCGGGCGCCAAGCCCUGACCAGCCAGCAGGAAAGAGUGCUCAUUGAGAUCCUCGUGGCCGCCGUGAGACAAGCCGCAGAGGGGCGUCCACCUGCCGGCCGGCGCCUGGGCAAGAAAGCCGCCAGGGAGGUGGACGGGACCCGCCGCUGGCGUGAGCAUGCCAACAUGAGCCGACACUUUGCCAAGGCACUGCCCCGGCUGCUCUCCAAGUUUGCAGCGGACAAAGAGAAGGUGACCCCCCUCCUGCAGAUCCCACAGUAUUGCAACCUGGACGUGUAUGACAUGGAUGGCCUGGGCUCGUACCUGGACGCGGCGCUGCUGGAGCUGGACUGCCUGGUGCAGCGGCACUCGGACGUGGCGGUGCUGGAGGCCUGCGCCCGCGCCUACGGCACGUACUGUGAUGAAGGGGGCUCUGCGCACGGCCAGGCCGCCCCCGCCUGCAGCCGGCUGGUGGACAUGCUGGUGGACGCGCUCACCCCGCUGCUGGACGUGUUCAUCCAACAUGAGAAGCAGGGCCUGUUCCUUGGACACGGUGAGAUGGGGCGGAUCUGCUCCACGCUGCGGAGACUGGCUGCCUUCUACAGUGCACAUGACCUGAGCAGCUGGAAUCUGUAUGAGAAGAUGGACAGCCUGCUGACUUUCCGCCGGCACCAGGGCAGCCUGCCCACUGAGGUUGUCCACUGUGCCCUCCAGUGCACCUACUAUGCGCUCCUGUGGCAGAUUGUCGCCGCUACGGACCGGCUGCCGCCCCAGGAGGCGCUCCUGGUCUUGAGGAAGAGGCUGCUGAGGUUCUGCCUGGUGUGCCGAGUGUACCUGAACCACCAGAGCAAGGUGCUGAGCGAGAAGGCCUUCAUCCUGCUGUGUGACCUGCUCCUCAUCCUCAGCCACCAGGGCCCUGAGGAGGACACGGGCCUGGGGCUGCUGUUCUUCGUCCCCGACCACGUCCUGCAGUGCAAGCUCCUCACCUUUGUCAAGGAGCACGUGUUCCUGGAGGAGGCCGGAGCUGCAGGGCCCAGCAGAGUGUACAAGGAGGAGGACGCGGAUGAGCUGCACGAGCUGUUCCACAGGAGAAACAUGCUGGCCGUGUUCUGUAAGCUCAUCGUCUACAACGUGCUGGAGAUGAGCGCGGCCGCCGACAUCUACCAGUUCUACCUGAAGCAUUACCAUCACUUUGGGGACAUCAUCAAGGAGACCAUGACCCGGACGAGGCAGAACGAUAGGCUUCGCAACGCGCUGUCCCUGCUCCUUUGUCUGCAGCAGCUGUUCCAGAAGCACGUGGACACGUAUGGCAUGGGCUACGACCCCAUCGAGUUCAUCUGCGGCCCCUUCUACUCCAUCCGGCUGUUGGCACGCCGCUUUGCGCUCACCCUCGGCUUUGACCGUGCCCGUGACGCGGCCCACCUGAUCCACAGGCGUGGGCUGGCGUUUGCCUUUUCCGAGUCCCCCGUGCCUGAAGAGGAGGAGGCCCGGCAGAGGUUCCCCAACCUCAGCUUCCUGCUGGUUCUGGCCGAGUUCUCCUGCAAGAUCCCCCCUGCAGAGCGACAAGCCGCACUCACCCACUUCCAGGACUCCAUCCCUGAGGGCCUGCCUGUGUUUGGGGAAGGGGACAUGAACCCCAUGCUCGUCUAUCGCAAGUCCCUGAUAAGGACAGACUACGUGGCCCAGGGGGAGGAAGAGCCCGCCGCCAACCCGUUUGACGCCAUAUGCAAAGACAGCAAGCGGCCCCAAGAGUUGCCCGUGGGGACGUGCUCCACCUGGACACCAGACACCCUGGCCAGCUCCAGCGCGGGGGACAGAGAGCCACGAAAUUCCUCCAAGGGCCAGAAGUCCAAGAGGGACGUCUUUGAUGUUGACUUCCUGUCAUCGGAGGACUCUGAGAACUCUUCCAACGAAGACGUGGACGUGGAGGGCAUCUCCGUCCACGAGGGCGCGUCGGACUAAAGAGGACUCGGGGCCUGUGGGACUCCGUCAGCAGUUCCAAGUUCCUCCUCGGUGGUCGACUUGAGUUCCUGGGCUUGGGGAGCCCGUGGCGUCCAGGUGUGGCUGACGCAGACCCCCGGGGCUCCAGGCGGACGGCAGUGACCCCCGCCUCCCGCACCUGCGCACUCCGGCCGCGUGUGAGGAGAGAGGGUCACGUGACCGUGGACUGGGGCCCCUGGGGUGCCCGCACCCCCCCCCCCAACCGACCCACCAGGUGCCUACCCGCCUGCGGCUUCUCUGGCGACCCCUGUGCUUGGCUGGAAGGUCCCGGAAGCCGCCUCGUCCACUGUGGACCACGGCGCCGGCCCCCCCGGCGGGCUUGCUCCUGUGUGGCGCGGCUCUGGCCGGACCGUCCGCGCUUCCUUUCCGGCUCAGGAUGCCGCGGCUGGGCGAUUCCCGGCGUCUGGUGCCCACAGCCCGCGGCCGGUGGUCGGCUCCGCUCCCGCACGCUCGGACAAACUGGCUGCGUCCGACGCGGGCUGGGCAGGACGCGCAUUGGCUGAGCCCGACGUGCUGGGGGCUCCGCGCCUCCGAUCCGUGUUGGUGCCAAACCGAGCUCUGGGCCACGGCGUGCACGAGGCUGCCCCGAGUGGACAUGCAGAGCGAGGCCGGGCCGCGGGGAGGACUCCGGCCAGUCAUGCCCGGGCAAGAAUGGCUCAGGAGCCGGAGGACCCGUGGGGGCGUCCUGUGGAGGACCCUGUGUAGACCUGGCCUGGGGGUCUUCUGUGUAGACGUGGGCCUAGGGAGCUCAGGCCUGCGCAGACCUGGGCCUGGCGGGUUGCCGUCCAGGAGGGACACGUGUGCCUCUGGCUGUCCCCUCCCCGGGACCGUGGCAGCUGCUGUGGGGGAGCAUAGCCCUUGACGGUGGCCUGGAGAACAUGGGUUGCCCGCGGGCAGGGCUCGGCGGGAGGGACACCCUGACAGACACUCCGGGCCCCACGGCCCGUGACCCUCGGCUGGACUUGCUGUGCCCCAGAGCCAUGCACACGGCGUGGUCUCCCGUGGUGUCACUGCCGUCUGUCCCCAGUAGCGUCCCUGCCUGGCAUCUGUGCCCUUUGUGAUCUCUGUGUGCUGUGUCUGUGUCGUGGGCUGGGCGAGCCGAGCCCAUCACAGAAAAUCCUUAAAUUCUUUAUUCGAAAAUACAAACGUGAUCUCGUAAAACAUUUUUAAACUGCUACACACACCAAAUAAAAGUUAACUUUA